AUGCCAUCCUUUUCCAACGACGUCUCCUACCAGACUGCCCCGGCCACCCACCCGCGCUCCUUCGAAUCCUCCCGCAAGUCCCACGACAAGAUCCCCGUCGGCAACACCUUCUUGUGGACCAACUGGCCCAACGGCAACGGCGACCCCGAGAAUGACCGCCAGCUGCUCAACGACCUGAAGAACGGAAGCGCCUACUCCGUGAAUGGCCCGCGCUCCAGCGUCAGCUCCUACACGCGCGAUCUCCCCUUAUCCAAGGACGGCAGCAUGCACUCCCUAGGCAAUGCUCCCGCCCGGGAUCCGCGCGAAAACGGGCGCCCGUCCGCAACCUUGGACCGAAAACUCUCUGAAACGGGCCCUGGUGUCGUGCCGACCACAUCGUCCGCCAUCUCAACCCAGCCUCAGCCCAAUGGGACUACGAACGGGCGUCCGGGCCCCGGGAAAUUGAUGGUCAACGGAGACGCCCACCGACCCUCGGGGGAGGAAUCCAUCUCGCCAUCGGCAUCGCUAUUGCAAAUCCCCCAAUCCGAUGAGAAUGGUCGACAUUCUCCCAACCCGGAUCGCUUGAUCCCGGACUCGAAGUCCGCACCCCAUCGCCACUCCUCUCCUCCCGCUCCGUCCAUCCUCGACGCCGCCUCCGUCCCCGAGUCGCAGAAUUCCAGCAUGCGACAGCGCCACUCGCUCCAAGUCCCCCGAACGCCCAGUGUGCGUCGAGACAGUCGAGAAUACCCCGACGAUGCCGCCUACAGCACGGGCCGCAUGUCUCCGACCUCCGGCUUCCGUCGCACGUCAAUCGGUCUAAUCCGACGGGCCACCAAGAACAGCACCCACCAGGAUAUCACCUUGGACGAGGCGCCCCCAGAUGAAGAUGCGGCUCGAUGGGCGGAAGCCAUCAAACAGAGACGGGCCUCGCGACGCCGGCGGGAAGAGGAGGACGACGAGCGGGUUAUCGUGGGUACCAAGGUGGAUCAGAACCACGUCAACUACGUGACAGCGUACAACAUGUUGACGGGUAUCCGCUUUACGGUUUCGAGGAUCAAUGCGAAGAUGGACCGGGAACUCACUCCGGCGGACUUUGACGCUAAGCACAAGUUCUCCUUUGACAUCACUGGAAACGAACUGAUCCCUUCCGCCAAAUACGAUUUCAAGUUCAAGGACUAUGCCCCUUGGGUAUUCCGACACCUACGCGCCAAGUUCCGUCUCGAUCCCGCCGACUAUCUCAUGUCCCUCACAAGCAAGUAUAUCCUGUCCGAGUUGGGCUCUCCCGGCAAGAGUGGAAGUUUCUUCUACUUCUCACGAGACUACAAGUACAUCAUCAAGACCAUCCACCACUCCGAGCACAAGCUUCUUCGGAAGAUCCUCCCCGAUUACUACCGGCACGUGGAGAAAAACCCCAACACCUUGAUCUCACAAUUCUACGGUCUCCACCGAGUCAAGAUGGCAUAUGGCCGCAAAAUCCACUUCGUCGUCAUGAACAACUUGUUCCCCCCACACCGAGAUAUCCACCAGACAUUCGAUCUGAAAGGAUCGACCAUUGGUCGUGACCUGCAGGAGUCAGAUCUUGAGAGGAACCCCCGAGCGACCAUGAAAGAUCUGAACUGGGUUCGUCGGAACCGUCAUCUGGAAUGUGGGCCCUCAAAACGAGAUAUCUUCAUUGAGCAAUUGAAGCGUGAUGUGGUGUUGUUGCAAAAGCUCAAGAUCAUGGACUAUUCUCUUCUGGUGGGGAUACACGACGGUGGCAGGGGCAAUGAAGAGAAACUGCGCGAUAAGACCCUACAGGUCUUUUCUCCUGGGGGUGACCGCGAAGACGAAAACAGUCCCAAUGGCCUGAUGCGCACCCCGUCCAAACUGGAGAACGAACGCAAGGCUCGGGAGCUCCGCAUGCUCAUCAAGCGUGAGCGGCCCAUUCCUUUGGACAAGGCGGCCGCGAAGAUGCCGGACGAGAUUCUGGAUGAACGAAAAUAUCAUAUCUUUUACGCCGAUGACGGUGGGUUCCGGGCUACACACGAGAACGGGCAACCUGGCGAUGAGAUCUACUAUCUGGGAAUCAUUGACUGCUUGACCCAUUACGGAACCACCAAGAAACUGGAGCACUUCUUCAAGGGUCUCUCAUCCGAUCGCACCCAGAUCUCACCUAUCCCACCAGAGGGCUACGGAGAGCGAUUUAUCAACUUCAUCAAGGGCAUCACAAUGUCCAAGGAGGAGGCCGAAAAACGACGAGACUCUAGAGUUUCAGCUUCUGGUGCCCCCCAACAAUCAACCGAGAAGCGCCGUUCAAGGUCCUCCUCUGUUGAGCGUACCAUGCAGGCCGCCGAAAAGGAAGCCUCCAAGGAUGUCUCCGUCACCCACCCUCGAACAUUAACCACUGUUUGGGACCCAGCGGAUGCCGGUGGCCCUGGCCCUACAUCGACUCUCCCCAUCGUGGACGAAGCUGGUGAGGCAAGCAGCGUUGGCGGCCACAGUUCCCAUAGCCGGAAUGGGCCCCCAGGAGCCGACAAGGAGCUUCCUCCUGUCCCCGGUGAUGCUCCCCCAACCCCACCGAGCAAAGGCAAGGGUGUUGACCGUCAUGACUACCUGGCCCCGAGCCCGGCUCGCCAUUAG